AUGUAUUCAUUGACAGGGCAAGAAUACGAUAGCUUCAAGAACGUCUUAUUCAAUCACUACCUUGGAUGUUCUGCUUCUGAAGGACCGUCGCGAGAUAACAAGGAUGCCAGUCAGGAGAGUUUGGAUACUCAGAAACGAUUCAUCAACAACUACUUCAACCGUUUCCUGCGGAAUGGAGGUGAGAGCAAAGAUCACUUCGAUUUGAAGAGGCUCAAAUGUGAUGAUUAUGGAAUUCCACAAGAUAUAAGCAAAAGAUACUUCGUUUUUGCUCAAAGGAAUUUCCAAGAACCACCCAACCACCUUAGUCAUAUACCACCGUGGAUGAUUAGACAUUUCGAAUAUGCUGUGCAACUCUCUAUGGAUUUCGUUAACGACCUGAAGUUCAAGAAAAUGAAGGAGCUUCGAAAGUCUCAAAAAGAUCUACCAAUAGCUGAGAGGAAAAAUGAGAUACUGGAGUUCGAGACUACAAAAUCAAAGCGAACAAAAAUGCUUUUCCUGACAGAGGGUUUACUGCUUCGCCAAAUGGAGAACGAUUCUCUUCUUCAGCAAUAUAAUGUCGUUAUACUUGAUGAGGUGCACGAGCGGCACCUAAGUAGCGAUCUUCUGAUUGGACUUCUUCGAGAUCUAAUUGGAAAGCGAGAUGAUUUAAAGCUUAUUCUUAUGUCUGCCACUAUAAACUUAGAGUUAUUCAAGAAUUACUUCGAGGGAGCCCCCGUUGUACAGGUCCCAGGUCGCCUAUUUCCCAUUCAACUUCGGUAUCACCCAAUCAAACAAUACAUAGCUGAGAAUGAAAAGAAAAGUCAUAAAAUAGACCCCGAACCGUACGUCAGGAUUCUCGAGCUCAUUGACAAACAGUUUCCUUCUACCGAGCGUGGAGAUGCUCUAGUGUUUCUAAAUGGUGUGGCUGAAAUAACCACUGUUGCAGAAGCUUUGAAAACUUAUGCUGAACUUACAAAAGGUUGGAUUAUUCUCUUGCUGCAUAGUACAUUGUCCGUAGAUGAGCAAGAUAAGGUAUUCGACGUCGCUCCGUCAGGUGUAAGGAAAUGUAUUCUUUCGACCAAUAUUGCUGAAACGUCAGUCACCAUCGAUGGAAUACGCUUUGUGAUAGAUUCCGGAAAAGUAUGUAAUUUCUUGCGGAACACAAAAGCUCAGCGAAUUCUGGGUUUCAAAGGCUUCAGCAGAUCAACGGAAAGAAAUCGAUAUUUCAGUUUUCCAGGUCGUGCUGGGCGUACAGGACCGGGUAUUUGUUAUCGGCUAUACUCUGAGGAACAGUAUAGUAAAAUGGAGGACUUUACGACAUCGGAAAUCAACCGUGUCUCUUUACAGGAUAUGGCUCUCCGUAUGAUAAGCCUUAACCUUGGAUUGGAUCCACGAACGUUCCCAUUCAUUGAGAGGCCUGAGGAGGAGAAGUUAAAUGAAGCGCUAAACAUCCUCAAGUUCCAGGGUGUACUUUAUCCGGACCGCGAGAAUCAGCUUACAGCCUUGGGAUCAACUAUAGCAAAGCUGCCAGUUGAUGUAGCAAUAGCCAAGAUGCUCGUUUUGGGUUGUGUGGUAGAUCAUGUAGAAGUGAUUCUUACAGUUGCAGCCGGCUUGUCUGUGCAAAGUCCUUUCACUAAUCGUUCCUAUCGGGAACUCGAUGUGGUUCAGAGAAGAGAAGGUUUGACAAACUCUAUGGGUGAUCCGUUCACGCUUAUCGAGAUAUUCAGAGAAUGGAUGCUGCAGAAGAGCACAACUGGUAAAGUUCGUCGGUGGGCGCUGGAAAAUGGAAUAGAUGAGCACCGGAUGUUCGAAAUCAGUAAACUUCGGUUUCAGUACAGGCAAAUUCUUGAAGAUGCCGGGCUAAUUGAGAAGCCAGAUGCGCAUGAGCUCGGAGAAGACGACUCAAGGCAGAGAAGAAUUGAUCAAGGAGAUAGAAAGAAGUUACUAGAUAUGAAGCGUGAAGCCAGAAAAGUAAAGGGAGUCUUUUUUUCAGAAAUCAAGAAAAAACGAGAAAAAUUCAUUGCUCAUCUUAUAGAAAACGAAAAGGAUCCCUUGAAAGCCGACGUCAAAACUGUUGAGUUCCUCUUGAGCUAUAAGCAAAGGGACUUCGAACUGAUCCGUCGAACUCAUAAAUUACGCCGAAAAGAUGCAGAGGUUAUCCGGAUCAUCAUAGCCGCUGGCCUAUAUCCAAACUACACUUUUCCGGAUCCCCUAAAUAAAUAUCAGCAUGGUCAAGAGAUGUUUGUGCAUACGCGAAUGAAGCCGUUCACUCUAAUCCAUCCUAAUUCAACUAUAGCGCAGUAUCAUGCAGAAACUCUUGAUCCUCGCGCUGAUAGCGAGGGACGGUCAGUACGUCACAAAAUCUUGUUCUAUGGGCUGCUGUUGGAAACCACAAAACCAUAUAUCUGUAAUGUUCUACCUCUUCCUGCAUUAAACCUGUUGUUGUUUGCAAAAAAGGUAAUUUGUGACGAUUGGAAAUCAGUUCUGGUAGACGAAUUUGUAGAAUUCACCUUCAGUCGUGAUUCUCAUUGCAAGGAAAUAUUGCAGUUGUCAACGCAAAUAAGAAUGGAGUUGAACAGAGGUGAGCGUCUUUUUAUAACUACCCUAAAAUUCCAUAGAUAA